AUGAUACUUGAAAUCUCAAGAUACAGGGUGUUUCGGGAAGCGGGGCUUCUGCGGAACAAGGGGGAGACAAGGAACAAGGAACAACAAACAAAGACUGAAGCUGACCGGAAGGGUAAUGAAGCUUCCGGUUCAGAUAAAGAUAAAGGGAAAGGCAUUUCGGUAGAUGAAAAUGAAGAAAUUCUUAUUGAAGAAGAAAGGGCAGAAAGAGAAAGAAGUGAUAAAGAGCUAGACGAUCUCCAUGCUCUUCGGAAGAAGUUCGAGGCAAAAGAAGUUGAGACUAAGAAUGUGAAACUGGUUCUUAAGAUACAUAAAUCAUUGUUUCAUGCUUGGUCUAUGGAACGUAUUCAGAAAGAAGCCAUAGAUUAUCCAAGUCUCUGUUAG